AUGCCUUCUUUGCCCUCUCUUUUAUUGAUCUUGCUCAUUUCAUUGAAAAACGCUGGUACCAGCGCCCAUAUUCAGUCCAUUUGCUGUAUUGCUUUGACCAUUUCUACAGCAAGUAUCGACUGUAUUAGUCUUGGGGAAGUCACCACUGAAAGAGACGCCGGUGCCAGAUCCCUCCGCUUGAACGUGAAGCACCUAUUGUACGGUGGAUCGAUGUCGAGUAUCGGAUUUCGUUUUUACAGCAAUAGAAGAAUUAGUGAUGCAACGUCGACAGACGGGUCUGAGGCUUCGAAUGGAGAUAGUUCCUCUAGUGUUCAAAUCGUCGGAGUCGUGACCAACAAUAAGACAGGUACCACCUCGAAAAAGCCGUCUGACCCCGAAGUUAUCACCGUCGUUUCUAAUGGGAGCAGUGUUGUCUUUCUCAGUCAAGGCACCGCCAAAUCUCCACAAGGUGCCAACUCUCGCAACGACCCAGAACCCCGAGCACUCCCCAUUGAGGGAAUAAAUGGUUCCAGUGAUUCAAAUGGUACCGACUCCCGCAACGACCCAAAACUCCGAGCACUCCCAAUUGCUACAGAGGGAAGAGAUGGAUCCAGUGAUUCAAAUGAGCGACCACUCGUUGACUGUGCUAGUUCUACCAGCUCUUCUAUGAUGAGCGAUUCAAUUAGUCAACGCAUAGAAAAAUACAAUCUGCAAAAGAAACUUUGGAAACAAUUUGGUCAACCAGCCGAUCAGCGCACAGUUCGUGACAAGAGGAGCAGUCGGGGAGGAUCAACGGCCGGGAUGGAUGAGAUCCCACCAAAAAAAAUUCGUGGUGAUGGUGAAAUGGAAAAUUCUGCUCAGAUCGCAAAGAAUCCCAACCCAGAUUCGGGAUAUGUCGGAGCGCUUCGUGAUCGUGGAGAUCCGCUUUGUCUGGAAAAAGAUAACGCUGCCUUCAAUGCAUGGUGCAGACAGAACGGAUUCUAUCUUUCGCUAUAUGGAGAAACUCUUGCCACCGAAGAUUCCCAUUACUUGAAAAUCGAAGCGUGGAGAUUCAAUGGAGAUGAUGAUCCCAGUUGCCCAUAUGACAACUAUGGACAACCCAUUCCAGAGAAAUUUUGGGUACGGAAGACUCCGCGCUCACCGGAACCCAAGAGUGGAAAAAUCCAACAAACACAAAAAUCCAAGAAACUGUGA